AUGUCCGCCAAAUCGAUCCUCGAGGCCGACGGCAAAGCCAUCAUCAACUACCACCUCACCCGUGCCCCCGUCAUCAAGCCCACGCCGCUCCCUCCUUCUGCCACACACAACCCGCCCUCCAAGCUCGCAUCGCUGCACUUUGCCGCUGAUGCGGACGUGAAGGGCGUGCUCGACCAGGCUGAGGCCACCUACCCGUGGCUGCUGGCGUCGGGAGCCAAGUUCGUUGCGAAGCCGGAUCAGUUGAUCAAGAGGCGAGGCAAGAGCGGCCUGUUGGCGCUGAACAAGACCUGGGCUGAGGCCCGCGCGUGGAUCGAGGAGAGGGCCGGCAAGGUCCAGCGGGUUGAGACGGUCGAUGGUGUCCUGAGGCAAUUCUUGGUCGAGCCAUUCGUUCCUCACCCGCAAAACACAGAGUACUACAUCAACAUCAACUCGGUGCGAGAGGGUGACUGGAUCCUCUUCACCCACGAGGGUGGUGUUGAUGUCGGUGAUGUCGAUGAGAAGGCUGAGAAGCUUCUCAUCCCUGUCGACCUCAAGAACUACCCGUCCAACGAGACCAUCGCCAGCACCCUGCUGAGCAAGGUCCCCAAGGGCGUCCACAAUGUUCUCGUCGACUUCAUCUCCAGGUUAUAUGCCGUCUACGUCGACUGCCAGUUCACAUACCUCGAGAUCAACCCCUUGGUUGUCAUCCCCAACGCCGAUGCCACCUCUGCUGAGGUCCACUUCUUGGAUCUUGCUGGCAAGAUCGAUCAGACUGCCGAGUUCGAGUGCGGUGCGAAGUGGGCUGUCGCCCGCAGUGCUUCUGCUCUCGGCAUACCAGCUGCUCCUGCUAAGGAGGGCAAGACCACUGUCGAUGUCGGCCCUCCUCUUGAGUUCCCUGCUCCUUUCGGUCGUGAGAUGAGCAAGGAGGAGGCUUACAUUGCUGAGAUGGACGCGAAGACUGGUGCGUCCCUCAAGCUCACCAUCCUCAACGGUAGCGGUCGUGUAUGGACUCUCGUUGCUGGUGGUGGUGCCUCCGUCGUCUACGCCGACGCCAUCGCCUCUGCUGGUUUCGCCAGUGAGCUCGCCAACUACGGCGAGUACUCUGGUGCUCCCACGGAGACCCAGACCUUCCACUACGCCCGCACCGUCCUCGACCUCAUGCUUCGUGCUCCUCAGCACAAGGAGGGCAAGGUCCUCUUCAUUGGUGGUGGUAUUGCCAACUUCACCAACGUCGCCUCCACCUUCAAGGGUGUCAUCCGCGCUCUAAGGGAAGUUUCGCCCCUUCUCAUCGAGCACAACGUCCAGAUCUGGAUCCGUCGUGCCGGUCCCAACUACCAGGAGGGUCUCAAGAACAUCAAGAGCGUCGGCCAGGAGCUCGGCCUCAACAUGCACGUCUACGGCCCCGAGAUGCACGUCUCAGGUAUUGUGCCCCUUGCGCUCGUCCCGGGCAAGACCUCCGAGAUCCCGGAGUUCUCUGGUUAG